CUCUCCUUCGUUGGCGUGGCUUUAAAGGGACGCGGCUCAGCUGAACCGACCCCCUUCGGGGCGUGUCCCUUCUAUGGGUCCGGCCCGGCCCUCUUGCCCCUCUGCUGGCGCUGCGCGGUGCAGAGCGGUCCGGUGCCCGCGAAGGGACCUGCGCCCGCCCUCCUGUGGGCUGCCGGUGUCAAGCGCCUGCUAUGAGGCCUCGGUGGAAGAGGGGCUGGCUUUUGUGUUCUCGUCUCUCCAGACCCUCGGUACCCGCGGUCCGCCGUCUUGCCGCCGCCUGGCAGAGGGCUGGAGCAACUGGUGAUGGUGGAACUGUCAGGAAUUAUUGAUUCAGACUUCCUAGAGAAAUGUGAAAACAAGUGCAAGAUUCUGGGAAUAGAGACAGAGAAACCCAUUUUACAAGUGGACAGAUAUGUAUUUGCAGGAGAAUAUGAAGAUACCCUGGGAACCUGUGUGGUUUUUGAAGAGAACACAGAGCAUGAUGCAGAAGGCAACCAAAAAGUACAGCUGAAAUACAAGUGCCACACAGUGAAGAAGUUGAACAUGACGCGGACACUUUUGACAGAAAAGAAGGAAGGAGAAGAGAACGUUGAUGGAGUGGAGUGGUUACAGAUCAAGGACAGGGAUUUUUCCUACAGCAGGCCUAAUACGAUCUGCAGCUUCCUGCGUGAAAAAGAUUCUGAGGAGUCUGCUCAGGCCCAUGACAAAUUGACUGAAGAGUUAGAGGGAGAGGUGAGUGGUGGGGGAAAUUCUGACACGAACUGUGAUCUGGAGAAGCAGCAGAGCUUGGAAAUGGAUGUCUCAAUUCCUCUGCCUGACAGCCCUGCUUCUGGGGCAGAGGAUUCUCCUUCUGGAAGUGUUGCCUUAGAUGAUGCCCCUCCAUGAUACCAGCUCUGAUCUUUUCAAGACUUGUUCAUGGAGUUAAUGGGCCAACUUUUAUAGGCCAUGACAUGAUUUCAAAUUUAUCUGAGCGAUUAAUAGUGGAAAAAUGGACAUUGUGUUCUUGUGCAUUGCUCUUAUGUUUGGCUCAUAGUGGGAAGGGCUUAAGUGUUUGGGCUUUUUUUAAAUACUGAUUGGAAAUGUCUGUAUCUGUACCUCAGAACUGAGAUGGAAAUGGUUACAUAAUUUAAAAAAACCCUAUCUUAGAAAAAUGUUGCUGUAUUGAACACUGGAACAUUUUGUAAAAAGAUAAAAGAAUUUUAUCUUUAUUGAAAAUAAA